AUGGCCAUCAAAGUCCCAACCGUGCAGCGGAUUGAGCGAUCCGAUGUCGACGGCAUCAUCAAUGCCAUUGCCAAAGAUGGCUGCUGUAUCGUGAAGAACUUCACCGAUGCCGCCACGGUGGCCCAGGUCGAGGCCGAAACACGUCCCUACCUCGACGCUGACGUUCCCUGGAAGGGCGAUUUGUUUCCUCCCGAAACCCGGCGAUGUGCCAACCUAGCUGGGCGGAGUGAAACCGUGCGGGAGAAAUGGCUGGUUGACCCCUUGAUUCGGGCCUGUAACGCCAGAUUCGUGGACAAGACAACUUCCAACUUCUACGGCGAGACCAAACAUACAUACACCAGCGAGGCUGUCUGUACCAUUGCAGUCACGCUCGAAAUCGGCCCGGGUGGGAAGGCCCAACGCCUGCACCGCGACGACAAGAACUAUCACGUCGACCAUCCCGACCAGACCAAGACAGGCUACCAGUUCGGCACCGAUGUGGAAAUGGCCUUCAUGAUCCCUGGGGUCAAAACGACGGUCGAGAAUGGGGCAACGCUGGCCAUUCCAGGAAGCCAUCUUUGGGGUUCCGACCGGGAGCCAAAGGUGGAGGAGGCCAUCUAUGCCGAAAUGGACGUCGGCGACUGCUGGAUCAUGCUCGGCGGGCUGUACCAUGCCGGCGGAGCGAAUAGAACGCGAGAUCAGAGACGAAACGUCCACGGCCUGUUCUUCGCCAGAGGUUUUUUGCGGCAAGAGGAGAACAUUUACCUGGCCAACUCGGCUGAGGACGUCCUGUCUUGGAGCCCGGCGGCUCAGAAGGCCCUGGGUUAUACUCUGUCGAGUCCGAACAUAGGGUUCGUCGGAUUCGUGCCACCUCUGCAAUAUCUGAGAGGUGUGCCGGCGGAAGCCUUGGGUGACUUUGACCCAUCUCAAGAGAAGCAGACGUAG